AUGCUCUUCAUCGAUUCUCCCGAACAGCAUGUUCGACAGCCCGUCGAAGCUGAUCAAGCUCAUGAAUGUCGCGCCGUAUUUCAGGCACUCUCUGUCUCAAGAUCCAAGCUGGAACUGCAGAAGAUGCCCGCAGAAAUUUUAGAUGCGAUUAUAAAACUAGUCGGGGCAGAAUCUGCACGACGGCUUUGCUCCCUUUGUCGCGCUUUCCGACAGAUAUCAUUCCCUUACAUACACACGAGCCGCAAACUCACAAUAUUGCGAAUUCCCAAUCUUCAUUCUCUCGACUGGCAUCUCAUGAGAUCGAAUGAGAUCAUUAAGCACCUAACUAUCGCGCGACAGAAAUUCAUGGAGAACAUGAUGUUCAUUACCCGCCCCGAUGUCAUCCUGCGCAUCCGGCGGCUGGAGCUCGCGACCGCGAACGAUGUAUGCUAUCGUGGCCUACUAAAGUUGGCCCAAGUUCGGGAUGUGGAUACCGUCUUCAGUGUUUACUGCCGUCCUGUUGUGCAGGGCAUCAACAACCUUCUCGCAGGUGCAAGACAUCUCACGACACUUUGUUUUACCAGGAUAGAGAUCUCAUCCGCGAUUGUCGCCGUCAUGGCCGAUAUGCCUGCACUCUAUACGCUGGAAAUCUUGUACUGCGAUUAUAAACUUCCCUCUGCUGAUGGCGAUUCCGACAAGGUCCCCUCUGUCCGAAAUCUUACGUUGCGUGGCAAGCCGAACGAGCGCACCCUGCACCCGCUCGCAUUUCUCCCGAAUGUGCUUGUGCUUGUGCUUGCAGGCGAACCUCUUUAUAGUCCCAUUUGCCUGCCUUCAGAUUCCUUCCGCGAGUGCUACAACCCGUUCUCCACCCUCGAGCGCAUCAUUAUACAGUUCCCAGAGCACGAUGAGACUCUCAGAAUAUACGAUUGGAUGUGCGAUGCAAUCAGGAAGUUCGAUGGGCUCCGCCUGACCCAUUUUAAGGCGCUGAUGCAGUCUCCGUUAGAUUAUCUUGACACCGAGAAGUUCGUUUUCGCCCUUCAGUUCGCACCGCUGCGCACCCUUGUCCUUGACGGCCUUUGGCACAUACCGGAAGAUCUCUUCAUAGAGCUGGCGGACUGCCCUCAGCUCGAGCAGCUCACGCUCACGUACGCGCACUACAAUGACACAUCACGCGCGGCAACUGUGUGGCCCGAGCCGAUGUCACAAUACGCCGAAUGGCUCGCGUACCUUCCUGCGCUACGGGACUUUGCAUGGAACUACCUUGUGGACCCGCUCGCGCGCAGCGGGACGCGGGAAUAUUGGAACGAGGUGGGGUACCCCGUCGUCCCCGACGGGCGGCUCCCGGAUCUGCGCUUCCGGGACUGGUCGGUCCUCGCGCGCAUAUUUGUGGCGUACUGUCCUGAUCUGCACUCACUGGAGUUCUUGUCGGAGCGGACAGCCAUCUUGGCGUUUACGAUGGGCCCUGGGAGGGAUGUGGACGGGCGGGUCACGGUCGUGUCGCAUGACUUGCCGUGGAAUGGCUCGAAGCGGCAGGAGGAGAUGAAUCCCAACGACGACGUUGUGAACACCAAGAAUGCGUGGGUAGUUGGGCUUGAUGAAUGA